CGUGCAUUGACUGCAAUACAGUCUGUAUUCACACAUACUUUACAUUCACUGCAAGUAUAGACCCAUUGAGUGAAUGAUUGCCACAAAAACACAACAAAUCCUUUGAUAUUAUCAUCGCAUCGGUUGACCACUGAUUGUCGAGUUCUUCGCGACCGAUAUGUCGGGGCGAAGGAGAGGCCGAUCGCAGGACAGCGCCAGCGACUGGAGUAUCGGAUCCAUCGAUAAGGACAACAACAAAGUGGUCGACAAAUUCAACGAUAGACACAAUUGUCAGGAAAAUGAGUCCUUUUGGCAGACAUUUGAAAAGCCGACACAGAUCUACAGAUAUCUAAGAACUCGUCAUUUAGUUUCCCCGAUAUUUCUGAAUCGAAACCUCUAUUAUAUGAGACAACGGUUCCAACGAAGUAAUGGCAAAAAGCGGCGCGACUUCAGUAUUGAUAACAUUCUUCAAUAUGUGAUCGAAAAGAAACAAAGAGAGGCCAUCGCUGAAGAAUCCGCAGGCAAUUUGACGCUAACUAUAUUAUCUGUCAAAAACCAGAGCUCUAACAAAGACCACUCGGCGGUCACUGUGGAGACAUCGUUGCUGAAGAUGGGACACCAGAAGCGCAAAGACGUGUUGGCGCCCGUCUAUCAGUAUUCAGUCGGCACCACUGAACUGGAGCUGAACGGCGAGGACUCGGACGACAACUGUCUGACUGUCUAUAAGAGCGAAUUGAACGAAACUAACGGCCAUCUCGUGAAGCAGUGGUCGUACUCUCUAUUAUUUAUUGCAUCCUUUCAUAAAGACUAUAAUCAGCACAAAGUGAACGGCAAUUGUGUUGAAAGUGAUAAACAAGAGAAUGAUAUGUCGCUAAUGAACGACAAUAACCCGAAGAGCGAACCGUUGGUUAAACGGCGGCGUUUGGAUGAGCCGACGGUGACUUACUUUAAGGCCGAACUUAUCAUUUAUGACAAACACAAGAACUGCCUGUUGACUGAUGGCGAGUACACCGCUGUCCUACAGCCGUGUGCGCCCCCGAAGGCCAACAAGUUUGGCAAAUAUAGUAAAUACUCGAAAUGGCAGGAAAUCACAGCCGAAGAUAUUGACGGCCUCUCUAUAGAGGAUCCGAACAAACAGUACGGAUCGAUGGAAGUGUUCCGAAAGGGUCCGGUUCUCAUGUUUAAGCUGUCGUGGAGUUCGUCCAACAAUCCGGCGAACGACAGCCUCAAUGGCAUGAAUCACAUUCUGUCCAACAAUAUUGAGAACGACUCGGGAAUCGGUAACAACACGAGCGACAACUCCAGUAACCAGUCGUUCAACGGCUGCCUACCGACGGACGAUGCGCUGAAAGCACCGCUCAAUUCACUGUCACUGUUGGGCCAUAAAAAGCCGGUUCGCGUCAUAUAUCAGUUCAUGUUUAACAACAAUGUUCGACAACAGACCAAACCGCAAAGCGACCUGUGCUGUCCCUGGUGUUCACUCAACUGCCAACAGCUCUAUUCGCUGAUCAAACACCUGAAGCUAUGUCACAAUCGGUUUGUAUUCAAUUACGUGCCGGACGCGAAGUGCGCCCGCAUUGAUGUGGCCGUCAACGAGUGCUACGACGGCUCGUAUGCGGGCAAUCCACUCGAUCUCUCCUUUAACAACACAGGGUUUGCCUUCAGCCGCAACGGACCCGUGCGUCGAAAUCCGGUCACUCACGUGAUUGUAUGCCAUCCGAAACGGUUCCCGCAAAGUCUCAGCGAAUUCGAUGAGCCCGACGACGAGGACGGCACCAAUGGUCGCACUUACAUCUCGGGCCACAACCGGCUCUACUAUCACACGAACUCAUGUCUGCCGAUUAGACCCCAAGAGAUGGAAUACGACAGCGAAGCCGAAAACGACCCCAAAUGGAUGAAAGAGAAGACCCAAAUGAUGAUUGACGAAUUCACAGACGUUAAUGAAGGCGAGAAGGAAGUGAUGAAAAUGUGGAAUUUGCAUAUCAUGUCCAAUGGAGUUGAUGUGGUAUUUAUAUUGUAUGACAGGUUUGUGGGCGACUGUCAGAUACAGUUGGCGUGCGAUAUGUUUGUGAAGGAAAAGGGCGAAGAGUUGUUCGCAAAGAACUUGUAUAAGAACUUCAUUUUGCAUUUGAAUAAUCUCUACGAUUUCGGUCUAUUGAAUGCAUCGAGUUUUGUGGAUAUCAUCAAAAAUUUAAACCAAAAACAAAAGUGUUUGGCCGAAGAGCAGAAGGGAAAGGCACUCAAAACUGAACCAAACAAUGGUCUCAAAUCACGAUAA